AUGUCUCCUUUCCAGGUUGUCUACGAGCUCCUUCCUCGAGGGCCUCUCGAUUUACUCAGUCUCCCCAGCAAGGUCCGUAACCAUGCGACAGCUGCCGAAUUUGUUGAACAGCUCUCCCACGUCCAUCGUACCACCCAUGAUCGUUUGGUGGCCUCUACAGCAGCCUACAAGGUUGCCGCUGACCGCCACCGGUGUGCGGUUGACUUCAAGGUGGGUGACUUCGUCUGGGCCAUCCUCACCAAAGAUCGGUUCCCUGCUCGUGACUAUAGCAUGCUCGCCUCCAAGAAGCUUGGUCCGGUUGAGAUCGUCGAGAAGAUCAACCCCAAUGCGUAUCGUCUGCGCUUACCUGGUCAUGUCCGCACUUCUGAUGUGUUCAAUGUGAAGCACCUCAUUCCCUUUUCUGAAGAGUCAUCGUCCGAUGAAGACAAUGGCGGCACCGAUUCGAGGGCGAAUCUUUUCGACCCAGGGGAGAAUGAUGGGGACGUCGAGGACGUCCAUAAUUGA